UUAAAAACUAAUAAUGAUGCUUUUCAUUCACAAACUCUCCCAAUGAACUGGUCUACGGCAUUUUACAAUCGGUUUGACGCUUGUUAUUUAAAAGAAAAAAGCAGUUAUGUAAAUAUCCGCAGUUUUUUUGUGUGUGUUUUUAGUCUGUCGUUUACAAUCUGGUCGUUACUGGGAUUUAUGUGUUUGUAACAAAUGACCCGGGCCAGAAGUGCGUUAUUAUUGCCAGUUUUAUCCCGGAGGAAACUCUAACGGCAGCUCCGUCCCCGUGUGCCGGCAGAUAUGGAGCUUCUCCCGGGGCCGGAGCCGCUUCUCCCGGUGCUGGAGCCGCGGGACGAACCGCGGGACGCGGUUUGGUACGCGGUGGUCCCGGCUGGGACCGGCCCAGGUGAGAGUGUGGGCCACACCUGCACCUUCCUGCCCUCCCAGGAGGGAGGACGAGGACGGAUCCUGGUGGUCGGGGGGGCCGACCCCGGCGGCAGCUUCUCACACUCCUACGUCAUUAAUCUGGACAACCAUGAGUGGGUGCGGUUAGCGUGCGGCGGGCUGACGGCCCGGUACGAGCACUGCAGCUUCGUCCCGCAGAGCCGGCCCCAGAGUCUCUGGGUGUUCGGGGGGGCCCAGCAGACGAGCAACCGCAACUGCAUCCAGGAACUACACAUGACCGACGCGGAGCCCCGCUGGAGGACGGUGGCGGCCACAGGGACCCCCCCCAGCCCCCGGACCUACCACUCCUCCUCCGCCGGCGUCGGGGACCGACUGUACGUUUUCUCCGGGGGGGAAGCUGGAGCUGCUCCGGUCCAGGACUCCAGGCUGCACGUCUUUGAUACGGCUUGUUCCUCCUGGUCCCAGCCGGCCACCCAGGGCCGGCGGCCGGCCGCCCGACAGGGACACGUCGUCGCCGCCGUCGGCUCCAAGAUCUACGUCCACGGAGGAAUGACGGGAGACAAGUUCUUCAACGACAUGUACUCUCUCGACUCCAGAACAAUGAAGUGGAAGAAAGUCCAGACCAGAGGAGACGUCCCCCCCGGCGUGGCCUCCCAUGCGGCCGUGGUGAAGGACAAACACAUCUAUAUCUUUGGUGGGAUGACGACGGACGGGGCCACAAACCUCAUGUACAGAUUUGACUCUGACACAAACAUCUGGGUCCUGCUCAGGUUUACGGGAGCGCUGCCGGCGAGCCGCCUGGACCAUUCCAUGUGCCUGGUGCCCUGGAGGCCGAGUGGAGAGACGGAGACCCGGGCCGAGGCCUCGGAGACGGAGACCCGGGCCGGCCGGCCCGAGGCCUCGGAGACGGAGACGAGGCAUCUGGCCUUCGUGUUCGGGGGGAUGGACACCCGGGGGAACGUUCACCACGACUGUGUCGUGACUGUUGUGAAGUGAUGGGAAACACUGCAAACACUCAACAUCCUACCAGGAAUAUUUGUCUUAUUUCUAGUUAAAAUGUUUCAUUUUUAG